GGAAAACGGAGGCCUCUUCCUUGGACUAGUACGGUAGAUCUAGUACUAGUACAGUACCUCAUCAUCAGUACAGACCGUACUUUUGCACUUUUUCCGUUAGAGUUCUUUCAUGAACAUAAAAAUUGCCCCAUGAAAUCAAACACUGAACCCUUGUCAGAAGAUGCCGCUCAAAUCGAGGACUACAAACCCCCCUCCACCAUGACAAAGACAGCUCUUUCUUCCAUAAUCUACCCUGGACAAAAUGAUGUGAUGCUCGGCAGGGGUGGCGAAUCCAACUAUCAUGGUGGAAAUCUGCACUUUCGCAAGUUUGCCGAGAUCUACCGGGCUCGAUACAAAUUUGCCUCCAAGGUAGAGAAGCCAUUGAUAUCCGCCGAAGUUGUCGCCGCUUGGAGGAACCUCCAACCUCCAGGUAGAUUUCUCAUCAGAACUGAACCAUCUAGCACGAACAGUCUUUGGCAUGAUGUGGGGGAUGCUCAGGCCAUCAAACGAGCCACCAAGACUCUGGGCGAGCGCCCUCAACGGGAACGCAGAGCAGAGAAGGCCUCCAGGCUAAGGCAGCUCAUGGGCAGCCAUCCAGAAGAACGGGGAUGCUCCUCAGCGCCAACCAGUCCACAGUCCCGGUGUUUGAGCUCAUCUAAAAGGGUAACAAGAGCCAUUGGAUACAGCGCUUCGGACACCGAAGAAAAGUGUUCUGAAAAACCAGUCGCGAAGGUUCGGGGGAGUUGGCUUAUGGAGAUGGAGACUGUUGGAAGCAGGGAAACUGCUUCAGAGAGCUCCGAUCAUACUUGUGCAUUCGGCUCACACCGACAGAAGAUGACAGAGAAGGCAUUGCUGGUUGCGAGAUUUGGGGCAACCAAUCAUGACACCGUUAUGCCUACGGUCCCAUUCGGCUCUAGUACUUUCAGCCAGCCAAGCGCUUCACAACAAAGCGCCGAUGCGACGAUGAUGGAUGAAAUGGCGUCGCUACCACUUGCGCAAUCGCCGUUGCCAGGCGUGGUGAAUCAGUUCGUUCGAGCGCAAAGCAUUCGCGACAUUAUGGACACAACAAGGGAGGAGCCGAGGAGCGAUACUGAGAUGCAUCAGGGGAGCUCCAUGGUAAGCAUGGAUGUCAGUCGCCCUUUCAUUCAAGGCAACUCCAUCUCGAAUGAGAAUGAAGUUUCACCGCACCAAAGAAGCCUCGUGCGGGUUGGGCCUGUCGUGCAAGCUCAUGUGAACGAAAGCUCCCCCCUUCGGGCCAGUGGCUCGUUUGUCGAUUCGGCAGCCAACCGUACGGUGACACGGACAAGCAGUGAGCCAUGGAGUUUGCACUCCACCUGGAUCAAUUCUCUCGAAGCUUAUUUACCCCCUUGUCGGCAGUGUAAAGGGGUUUGUCAGCACGUGUGUGCAUCUCUGCCUACAGCAGCAUUCCUGGCACAGUGGGCUUUUGAUGAAGAUGUUGAGGAUCCAGACGCGACGACGUGCAACCAGAAGCGAUGA